AUGUUUGACUGGAAGAUUUGGGUUGAAACAUCCACAGCUCCACCAACAAUCUGCUCAGCAGUAACAUGGUCUGAAAAUGCAAUAACAGUUGCGGGUGGAAAUGAUAAUGGUGCAGCAUUAAAUCAGCUCAGUUAUCCGAAUCAUAUAUUUGUGGAUGAUAACGACAGUGUUUAUAUAGCAGAUAAUCACAAUGAUCGUAUUGUAAAAUGGGCACCGAACGCUAUAAGUGGUGAACUUGUGGCUGGCGGAAACGGGAGAGGAAAUAAUUUAAACCAGUGGUCAGGACCAUCCACUGUGUUUCUACAUAAGGAGGGAAAGCUUUAUAUUUCACUCAAUAGUAACAACCGUAUACAAAAGUGGAACAAUGGUGCUAGUAGUGAUGAAAGGAUUAUUGGUCAAUUUGGGCCUGGUGGAGACGCAAACCAGUUUAACGAAUCCUGGGAACUUUUUGUUGAUUUUAGUAGAGGUAUAUAUAUAUCCGAUCUUUGGAAUCAUCGGGUCAUGAAAUGGAUUGUUGAUGCGACGACGCUUUUUGUCGAUGCUGCUGGUGAUUUGUACGUCGCAGGUUUGGGUAAUCAUCGUAUUCAGAAAUGGGCGAAAGAUUCAGAGGAAGGUGUGACAGUAGCUGGAGGGAAUGGUCAAGGAUCUAACUUAAAUCAGCUUAAUGAUCCAACGUCGGUUGUACUUGAUGUGACUGGAAAUGUUUUUGUCACCGAUUACGGCAACGAUCGUGUGGUACAAUGGCUUGUAGGCGCAAAAACUGGUAGACUUAUUGCAGGCGGUAGCAAGGGCAAUGGAGUAAAUCAGUUAGAUCGACCAGAAGGAUUGCAAUUCGACACAAAAGGUAAUUUAUAUUUUGCCGAUAGUCACAAUCAGCGUGUACAAAAGUUUAUCAUUAGUAAUAACGAAUGUAACAACUCUGCAGCCCGAUUCGCGAGUCACUCAGUUGUCGUUUUGACAUGGUGGUAAGUAUCUUAAUCUUAAAAAAAGAAUGCUUAUUAAAAAUAAUCUCGGUCGCUCCAAUCAUAAAUAUUCUGAUCAAUAAAUUUGAAAAUCUCACGAGGGAACCUCCCGAGGUGUCCAUCUCAGAUUUUUUUCAUUCAUAUGCCAAUCGAUAGGUCACAUAGAGAUAUGAAAAAGCCUCAAAGGAUAUCGGCGCAAUUUGCUUCCUUCUAGAGUUAUUCAAGUUUUUCUUUUCUUUCC